AUGCCGCCCUUCCUAAUUGUUUUCACCCUGCUCUCCUGCAUCCACACCCCAGCAAACUCUGCAGCGACGGACACCAUCUUGGCCGGCCAAUCACUUGCCGUCAACGACAAGCUCAUCUCCGGCAAUGGCAGGUACGCGCUCGGCUUCUUCCAGACCGAAGGCACCACCAACUGGUACCUUGGCAUAUGGUUCAACGCAGUCCCUAAAUUCACUCCAGCAUGGGUUGGAAAUAGGGAUAACCCAGUCAAGAACACGACCUCAGUUGAGCUCACCAUUUCCCACGAUGGCAACCUUGUCAUCUUAAACCGGUCCACCAUGUCCAUAAUCUGGUCCACACAAGCAAACAUCUCCAGAAAUAGCACCACUGCUAGGCUGCUGAGUACUGGAAAUCUCGUACUCACAGACUCUUCAAACUUGUCAGAGUUUCUAUGGCAAAGCUUUGAUCACCCCACGGAUACAUUUUUUCCUGGGGCCAAGCAUGGAUGGGAUAAGGCCACCGGCCUGAAUCGCCGUUUUGUUUCUUGGAAAAGCUUGACUGACCCAGCUACCGGUGUCUAUUAUUAUGAGGUAGACCCGGCCGCUGUUGACCAGAUAGUGCUUGUAGCACUCAACUCAUCCAUACCCUAUUGGUCCAGCGGUGCAUGGAACGGCAAAUAUUUUUCUGGAAUUCCAGAGAUGGCUGCCCGCCACUCUAUUAGUGCAAAAUUUGUCCACAGUGACAAAGAGAAGUACUGGACAUAUAAAUUAGUGCCUCAAUAUAUGGAUCCAAAUAUGCUUACUCGUCAUGUAAUUGACAUCUCGGGUCAAAUGAAGACAUUCAUUUGGAUGAAGGGCACACCAGAUUGGGUAAUGAUCAAUGCCCAACCAAGAGAUCAGUGUGACGUUGAUGCAAUUUGUGGGCCUUUCACAAUCUGCAAUGAUAAUAAUUUUCCACAAUGCAAUUGUAUGGAGGGCUUCACAAUAACAUCCCCCAAGGACUGGGACCUAGAAGAUCGAGCAGGUGGGUGCUCGAGGAAGACUAAGUUAGACUGCAUUAGCAAUAGAGGCACAACGCAUACCACAGACAAGUUCUAUUCUAUGCCAUGUGUUAAGUUGCCCAAGGAUGCCCCAGAAGUAGAUGCUGCUGCAAGUGCAAGUGAGUGCGCACAAGUUUGCCUGAAUAAUUGCUCUUGCACAGCCUACUCCUUUGGCGACAAUGGAUGUUCUAUGUGGCAUAAUAAAUUGCUCAACAUAAGAGCACUACCAUGUAGUGGCACUGCCAAUUCUAACGGAGAAACUCUUUACCUCCGUCUUUCUGCUAAAGAUGUACAAAGUUUGAAAAACAACAGAAGAGGAAUUGUUAUUGGAAUUGUCACUGGUACAGGCGUUUUUGUUUUAGGCCUAUUUGCACUUAUCCUCUUAAUAAUGAUCCAGAGAAACAAAAAGAAGAACUCUGGUCAGAUACUGAGUGAUUCUCAAGUUUGUACUGGAAUCAUUGCAUUCGGAUACAAUGAUCUACAACGGGCAACAAACAAAUUCACAGAUAAGUUGGGGGUAGGCGGUUUUGGUUCUGUAUUCAAGGGCUACGGGAUGGUGUUGCUGGAAAUAAUAUCUGGAAGGAGGAACUCAUGUGCAUCAUGUCCUAGUGGUGGCAAUGUUGAUGUUUAUUUCCCUGUGUAUGCCUCACAUAAGCUUCUCAAAGGAGACAUCAAGGGUUUGGUAGAUCACAAGCUAGAUGGCGACAUCAAAUUGGAUGAGGUUGAACUGGCUUGCAAGGUUGCAUGUUGGUGCAUCCAGGAUGAUGAGCUUGAUCGGCCAACAAUGGGACAGUGUGUUGGUUCUUGA